AGUAAACUUGAUAGAAAAGUUUUAAAUCUCUCGGUAAUGAAUUUCUUUCUUUUUAAUAUCUUUAAUAAGAUUCGAAGACUAAACAUAUAUAUACAUGUAUAAUGCUAAUAGUACGCAUAGACUGAUAGUCAAAAAACCGGUUUCGUUAUGCAAAAUAUCUCCGAUAUCAACUUUUAAAAUAGGAAACUCGGCAACAAGAUAAAACGAGGACGUUAAAUUAUAGAAAUCAUCUCUUAGCGAGGAAUAUAAUGGAGGCUAAAAUUUUAGAAAUGUUGAACUUUGUACUUUGAACGAACGCUUUUUUUAUGCUAUAUCGGAUUUACCUUUGAAUCACACUUUGUUGCCUUUUAAUUUACCCAAUUGGUCUGGAAAGAAUUUUGUAAAAAAUUUAUUAUACGUUUCAUCACGUCGUGGGACUGAAGGAUUCUCCUGUCAGUUUCAAUAAAAUCAUCGCAAUGUAAGACUAUUUCGUGUCUCGAAUUUGAGUGUUAUUUUUAUUAAAACAAGUACUAAUACGAAAUAUACAUAUUUCAUGUCCAGCGAUUUUGUACAUCAAUUUCAGAAUUUUAGGCAACUCGAGAAUAUCUUGAUUUUGCAUAUAUACUCAAAACGAAUACAAAAUUAAAGAUUACGUAAACAAGUCUUUAUAUCAUAUUCGCGAUCACGUAGUGAAAGGCAUUCGACUAGAGAUAUACGCAUUUCAGAUUCGAGAAGUUAUAAAAAAAUUCGGCAAUGCAAGAGAGAAAGAAAAGAAAAAGAAGCACAUGUUUUUUGUAAUAUACAAAAAAAAUUGAAUAAAGAAAUAGAUGAUUAAAUGAAUAGCAAAUUAAACAGAGACGGGAAUAAUGAAUGAUAAUUGAUUUAUUAUCGAAUUUUCGAAAUAUUGAAUGCAGGAUGAACCCUAUUUAAAUUUUAGCUAUUUGAAACUAUUAGCAAACUGUUUGUCACAAUAAUUAACAUGUUUAGCGAAUUCAAUUUAUGUACUUUUCAUGCAUCGCAAAAAGUUUCCUUAUCUUUUAUGCAUUUAGCCUUCAUCCUCUUUGAUUUUCAACAAGAGAAGUAUGGUUUUAUCAUUACAUGAUUAAGAACGCAAAUAUCUGCAUAUAAGAGUAUUUUCUUAACGAUAACAAAUAUAAAUAAUAACAUUAACAAAUGUAAUGUGUCCUAGAAUGAAAGUCGAGCGACUUUCUAGCGGUACUUUCCAGCAUCGUUUAGAUCAAACCGGAAUUUAACAGGAUGGUUUACCGUACGAGAAGUAGAUUUCAAUAUCGACCUACAUCUCUUUAUUUUGUCUGUCGCACUUCUACCUCUCUGCUCGCGAAUUCUUCUUCCCGAGCAUUCGAUCGACUGGCAGAGAUGUACGCAAAGUAAAUAUGUUGUGCAGUAUGUGUAGUGCGAUCGUACGAACCGGUCAAAAGUCCGUCCGUAAUGCUCGCGAGAUCGUUGAGCGGGCAAUGAUAAAGACAGCUCGACAAUGACAGACAUCUCGAGCUGACGUAUCUUCUUUAUGUUAGAACAUGUACCUGAAAUCCUUCUCGACGCCCGUCUUUGAAUUUCAAAUAGGUUUUUCUCGGUCAAUUCUUAGACUCUUAUAAAUACGGAUUCCCAAAAGCGAGAGCGUUAAAUGGGAAGAUAAAGUGGUGACUAUAUGAAGCUGAUAAUGAGAGAAGAGUGGAGAACGUGAUAUUAGUGAAAAACAAUUGGACUCUUAUUUGAAGUCUUGACACAUUAAAGACGCACCAUGAAUAUUUUUAAUAUGCUACAAUAAUACAUAUUUAUAAAAUCAGUAUAUAAAUCAAGAAAGAGAGAUUGCUAAAAUAUAGCGGAAUAAAAUCUGUGUAUGCAGUUAUAUUAUUUAAUUAAUAAAAACAUAUAUUUUCGCGUGAAAAAAAGAAUAUAAAAUAUAUCGGAGCCUAAGAAAAAGCAAUUUUAUCAGAUGUCAUAAGUUAUCCGGAUGAAUGCAAAAUAUGAUUAAAUCGGUGAACAAUCGGGAUGCAGGAUGCUUCUUCGCGCGAAUUAUCGAUAAUUGCUUGGUGCUCAAUUACGAACGCUUAUAUCAGAAACACAAUAAUAUAACAUUUGAGAACUAAAAUAAUUCUGAGAAGGAUACAUGAAGCAACAGAGAUGACAGGAUUAUUAUAUUCAUAAAUGAUUCGAACGAGAUAAGAUCGAGCGUACGAGACCUUGUCCGCGAGUACGCGGAAAUAACUGAGAUAACAAAAAAGCAACUGUAAAAACACCAACGAUCAAGUCACUAGAUUGCAAAUGAUUUAAGCGAAAUCGAAUAAAAAAUGCGUAUCCUCGAAUUUGAUUAAAAAAAAUAGUGAAAGAAGCGAAAUAUUGUUAAUCGGCAAAAUUAUCUUCGAUCAUAAAUAAAUCUCGAUUCGUGUCAACAUGCACAAAAAUGAGCAAAAUUCGAUGGAAGAAGCAAAAGACGCGAAGACUCUCAAGACAGAUACUUUGAAGGUGCCGAUUAUUCUCGAGGAAGGUAGACAACGUAUCUACUCCAGUUUCAACAAUCGUCGCAAGGACGAUUUGCUCUCCGUGAGAUUGGCCUCCACCUAUAGAUCCUUGAGAUGUGCGUACGCGGAUUGUUCGCGAAAGAAUGUGAUCGAUGAUGUAAGAUCGAAGUCCGAUAUUGAGCGGAUUGAGAUCGAUGCCGGCGUGCCGCCACCAGCUGACGAAUCCCUCUUCUUCGAUAACCUGGAAUGUUGCAAGAAUCAUUACGUGAACGGCACGAAAUUAAGAUCGGCGAUAUGGUCCAUCGUCGAUCCAACGGAGACUAGAUUAUUACUUAAUAUGGAAAAAAGCCGCACUCUGCCGGACGCGUGCAAGAACGACAGAUUACGGAAUGUCACUUAUAUUUGGGCAUCUUAUCGAGGUUUGCUGCAUCUUCUGCCAGAACUGGAGAAGGCCGGUGCGAAUUACGACUACGUAGAACCGCGCACUGGCAUAAAUGCCAUCCUGGCCGCAUCGCUGGGCAAUAGAGUCGACUGCGUGGAAUACCUGAUAGGGAGAGGCGCCGACGUCAACUACGAGAGUUUCAUCACCCAUUACACGCCGCUUCAUUUCGCGGCACUGAGCAACAGCUGGCAAGUCGCAGUCACGCUGUUGGAUAAUGGCGCCAAGCUCAAUUACAUCUGCCAAGAAGUGAUCGAGCCGGUUUUGCAUAGCGCCGUACGCGCGAAAGCAGUGGAGACAGUGCGACUGCUUCUCGAACGCGGUGCCAGCGUUGUUGAGAAGAAUCAUCUGGGUCAGACACCGUUGCACGUGGCCUGCUUCGUACAAUCGAUACCAUGCGUCGAACUAUUGUCAUCGUCGACGCCUACCAGCGUCAAUGCUGUGGAUAGAGAGCACAGGACGCCGCUGCAUUUCGCCGUGAUGAGCACUGACUCGUCUGCCGAGCUGGUGCAGCUGCUGCUGAAACGCGGCGCCUUUGUAAACGCGGCUGAUCGAACCGGCUUUACACCACUUCACAUCGCCGCCUUGAAUGAGCAGUCGCGGUGCGUCGACGCGCUCAUCUGGGCGGGCGCCGAUGUCAGCGCAACCACGAGCACCGGACUAUCUGCUUUGAACGUCGUGCUGAAAAAGAUCCCUGAGUCACUACAUGUGUUCCGACAACGAUUGGAUGCUUCAAUCAGACUGACCCGACCGGUAUCGCAUAAUCGUGAGUUCGAGAUGCGACUGCACUUUGACAUUCUCUUUCCUAGCAACAGUCAGUGUGAGACCAGCUUCAUAAACACUUUUGUGCAGGAACAUCGGAAAGACCUUCUGUCGCAUCCGUUGGUCAUGGCUUUCCUACAUCUCAAGUGGGAAAAGAUACGCAAACUCUAUUUGCUGCGCAUAUUUCUAUAUGCUAUGACGGUAAUAUGCAUGACUACUUACGUGCUGACCGCUUUAGCAUACAAAUGUUACAAUCACAACGAGAUCACCACCGAUAACUCAAAGAUAUGCGGUAGCAAACGAGCGGUUGAUUUUCUUUUCCGCAGACCGUUCAUCGAGAUUCAAUGGUAUCUCGCGCUAGUAUUGACGUGCAUUACUAUACCGAGAAAAAUAUUCGGCUUCAUGGUUUACAAAUCGGCCUUACAAUACUUCUCUAAUAUCGAUAAUGUCCUAGACGGCGUAGUGAUUAUAAGCGUGUUUGUCACGUCCUUUGUUUACACCGGCCGCACCUACGAUUGGCAGAAUUAUGUUGGAGCGUUCGCCAUACUCUGCGCUUGGACUAACCUGAUGUUGAUGGUAGGCCAAUUACCAGCCUUCGGCACCUACGUCGCCAUGUUCACUCAUAUCCAGUUCGAGUUCGCCAAACUGCUGCUGGCAUACUCCGGGCUGCUGAUAGGCUUCACCAUCAGCUUUUGUGUGAUAUUCGCGGGCGAACCCGCUUUUGAUAAUCCCUUCACCGGACUGAUCAAGGUCCUGGCCAUGAUGGCCGGCGAACUGGACUUUGAGGGGCUCAUUAAUUCAGCGGAUGAUGAAUCAAUGGCAAACGACUCCUUCAUCAUUUAUCAUCCUUUAUCGGUGUGCUCGCAGAUCCUCUUUACACUGUUUAUAGUGUUCGUCACGGUGAUUCUGAUGAAUUUACUGGUUGGUAUCGCUGUGCAUGAUAUACAAGGUCUGAGAAAUCACGCCGGACUCACGAAGCUGGUGAGGCAGACAAAGAUGAUUCUUUUCACAGAAAUGGUCUUGCAUAACACUACAAUCCCGUAUAUUUUCCGCAAAUGGAUGUCGGAUCAUAAGAUCGAUAUUGAAAAUAGGAAACGCAUGCUCGUCGUGAAACCGCUUAAUCCGCUCGAAAAGCGAUUGCCCAAAGAUAUAAUGAAAGCCGCAUACGAGAUAGCGCAGAAGAAUAUCAUCUCUGCGAACGAUGACGUCAAUUUAAAUGAUCACGCUGCCUGGUUGAAGCAAAACAAGGAGAUCUCCGAUGCCGUCCUACAAACGACGAUUGAGAAACUGAUUGCUACGAUGAAAGUGAACGAAGAUGCUGUAAAAUUGUUGAGAGUGCAGUUGUUAGAGAUGAAUAAAAUGCUGGAAACUGUUGUAACAACGUUAGCAAAGGAUAAAUAUACCUCCUUGUAAAUCAGAUGAUUCGAUAUCGAUUAUAUUUCCAUUACUUUUUACGAAUAUGACCGAUAAAGUGGACAUCGAGGCCACAGUUAAUGGUGGAGGACCUACUGGUCAGUGUGGCGUGGUGCGUUGGGGUAUCGCAUGGGGUUUACGCAGUUUCGUAGACAAA